CUCAUAGUACUGAAUAUUGAUAGCUCAGUUUCACUUUCCCAGGCCCGUCAUUUCUGCACUUUUGGCUAUAGAAUCUGAAUUCAAAAAAGCAACUUUCACAGUAACUUUGUUUAGUAUUUUUUUUUAAUUCAAAGUGCCUUUUGGUAUUUGUCUUUUAAUACCCUCCAUCUUGCAUUGGGCAAAGAAAUCAAUUCCCACACCCUUUCUGUAAAUUCUUUAUUCCAUUUCUUCAGCACCCACUUCAGAAGAUUCUCAAUUGAACAAAUACCAUCAAUUCAUUUUUCAUUCAUUCUUUUUUUUUUUCCCAUUAACUUUCUUGUUGAAGCUUUUGGUUUUUUCUUCUUAAUUCCAUGAAAGAAGUUCAAAUGACAAUACCUCAUUUGUUUAGAUGCCCAAUCAGCCUGGACUUGUUCACAGAUCCUGUCACUCUAUGUACAGGUCAAACUUAUGACAGAUCAAGCAUAGAAAAAUGGUUUGCUGCAGGUAAUCUCACAUGUCCUGUUACAAUGCAAAAGCUCCAUGAUCCAUCUCUUGUUCCCAAUCAUAAUCUUCGUCAUUUAAUUGAACUAUGGCGUGAUAUGGGCCACCAAUUUGACCCUGAUUACUUGACAACAAUCCAUCCUUUAGUCGCCCUGAAGCAAAACCUCGAAUCUCCUGAAGCUACCUUCGAAGAAAAACUUCAGACACUUGAAAAAAUUCAAGUCCUAACGGAUGAAAAACCAUCUAGAAAUUCCUUUCUGCUCCAAACAGGUUUCUUGACUUUACUUUUGCAACUACUUUUCGAAAAAGUAGACCAUGAAUUCUCCCAAGAGUAUGUGAAGUUUGUGGAGCAAGGACUUUGUUGUGUUCUUACGUUGCUGCCUUUUGGAGAAUUAGAGUGUUUGAAUAUGCUUAAAGAAGAGUCCAAGUUGGAAUCUUUUGUAGUUUUGUUUGAGCAUGGCAGUGUCAUGAUCAAGCAAAGCUUGUGUCAUCUUGUAGGGGCAAUCUCAUCAUCCUCAGAAACGAGGGAGGUAGGUGCAAUGAUUGGAAAAGACCAAAGGUUUUUACAUAAGAUUAUUUCUCUUGUUCAGCAGAAUUCUGAGACAUCUGAGGCUGGGAUCAAAGCCAUUUCAGCAUUGUGUUGCUUGGAAUCAAACAGAGAAACAUUGGUUCAACAGGGCCUAGUCAAGGGUCUGACAACAUAUAUUUUGAACUCAGAAAGAAAGGAAAGAAGCUUGGCAGCAAUAGCAAUGGCAAGACUAGAGCAACUUCUAGGGAUAGGGGGAGCAAAAGAGGAACUCAUAAACAAUCCGAACGGUAUCAAAGCAGUGGUGAAGAUGGUUUUCAGGGUAUCGGAUCAUGAAGGGAGUGAAAGUGCUGUUAACUCAUUAAUGAUGGUGUGUCAUGAAUCAUUUCAAGCAAGGGAAAAAGCAAUAGUAGCUGGAGUUUUGACACAGUUGCUGUUGCUUCUACAGAGCCAGUGUAGUGUUAGGACCAAAACAAAGGCAAGAACACUGCUGAAGCUGCUAAGUUCCACAUGGGCCGAGGAACAAUAGCAUGUAUUCUUUAGGACAAUUAGUAUCUGUGUGUGCCUCGGGGGCCUUUCUCUUAUAUAUGCUGUGUGAUAUAUUUGGGUUCCCUCUUCCCCCUAUCACUUAGUUUCUAUACAGAAAU